GGCGGGGCUCGUAAACAGAAAUCUAAAUAAAGGAUCGUGCAGAAAUUUACUCCAAAGUGUCCCACUCUUUCUCGAUAAGUGAAAGGUAAAUCUCCUCUGUGUAAUGCCGAUUCGCAGAGCAGCAGCAACUCCCACUCCGGAGAAGCUCCCCUCCUCUGCAGCAGAGAAAGAGCCUGAAGCCACCUCAGAGGAGUCGCCUUCUGCUGACGAGGAGCCGGCCGCAUCUUCAGCUGCGACGGCUGAGGGAGAGGAGGGCGAGGAGGAGGCGGCGGCCGAGACAGCGCCCACGGAGAAUGGAGAGAACGGAGAGAAGGCAGACGAAGGAGCCGCGGUGGAGAAAGAAGGAGAGGGAACAGAGAAGAAAGAUGACAAAUGCAAGGACUGCGCGGCUGGACAGUGCGCAACACACUGCUAUGUUCUCCUACUAAGGUUGAAGGAUGGCUACAAGUAUGAGAAAGCCAAAGGGAAGAAGGUUAAAAGGACUAUUCCUGCGUGGGCUAGCGUCACCGCGAGCAAAAAGCUUCCAGUUACCAACUUUGCAGGAACUCAGAACAAAGUGGAUAAUAUCCUCAUCGAAGCUAUAACGGCUUGUAAUGACAGAACUGGAGUUUCGUACCAGUCCGUCAUGAAAUAUAUUGUGAAAAACUACCCUGGAAUGGAGCUUGACAAGAAGAAGUUUCUCAUCAAGAAAGCAAUGAAGAAACAUUUGGAGAAAGGUACCAUCAAACAGUUGAAGGGUAAAGGCCUCUCAGGAACCUUCGCCAUCGGGAAUAAGUCCAACUGGUUAAAGAAAGCUGGUCAGAAGCAGGAGUCUCUGGGAGACGCUCUGCCUCUGAUCAUCACUCGGCUCUGUGAGCCCAAAGAGGCCUCCUACAACCUGAUCAAGAAAUACCUGGAGCAGCACUUCCCCAGUUUCAACAUCGAGAGCAGGCCGGAUGUCCUGAAGACGGCCCUGGUAAAGGCGGUAGAGAAAGGACAGCUGGAGCAAAUCACUGGGAAAGGAGCGAGAGGGACUUUCCAGCUGAAACGUUCCGGCAACCAGGUCCUGCUGAAAGGCAGCACGUUGGAGGACGCCAUCACAGCCGCCAUCACAGCCAUGAAUGAACCUAAAACCUGCAGCACUACUACAUUACGCAGAUACCUAGUAGACGCUAACAAGGAUAGAAAGGAGUACCAGUUAGUGGCCAACCUGAGGAGGACCCUGACAAAGUGUAAAGUACUCGGCUGGAUGGACCAGAUCACCGGUCACGGCUUCACAGGGACCUACCAGCUCUCGUUCCCCUUCUACCCAAGUCCCACCAUCCUGUAUCCCGACAAGUUCAAAGAGCCUCCGAAGACAAACCCCCCACCGAAGCGGAGGCAUACGGUUGAAUCUUCUGACGAGGAAGAAGAGUCUGAAGAAGAGGAAGAGUCCGAAGACGAAGCUCCUGCCCGCAAGAGGAAAUCUCAAAAGAGGCCUCCACCCAAAGCUCGCCGUCCUCCACCAACCAAGAAAUCUCGGAGCGUUAGUCAGUCAAAAGCCAGAGGCAGGGGACGAGCCCUCGCAAAGAAAUCUCCAGCUAAGAAAGCCCCGUCUUCGGCCAAGACAACGGGAAAGAAACAGCCGGCCUCCAAGAAGGAAUCCACGCCGCCGUCUAAAGCCACGCCCGUCAAGAGAGGAGCUCCUGCAAGAAAGCCCAAAACGCCAGCGGUGAAAAAGCUGAGUAGAGGCGCGUCCAAGCGAGCGGCGUCCCGAGGGUCGUCUCCGGAGGAGCCCGCGAGGGAGACGUCGAGGAGCGCGUCCAAGAGAUCAAAGCCUGAGGAGUUGUCCCCUGAGGAGCCCGCAUCUAAAAAAAAACAAGCGACCAAAGGUGGAUCCAGGCGGCCGGAGCCUGAAGAAUCCUCCUCCGACGAGCCUGCAGCCACAAGGGGGGGGAAGAAAAGCAAGCAGUCCACUCGCAAGUCCAAGAGAGGGAAAAAAUGAGCCCAGGAGCGUCUUCCAUAAACUGGGUCGCUCUGAAUAUGCAGCAAGUCUUGCCGCUUUGUUUCAGUGCCCCCCACUCUCUCUCUCUCUCUCUCUUUCUUUUUAUCAUUUUAUUCUCCCUUUUUAAUGGGGCAAGUAGUUUUUUUUUCUUGUUUUUUUUAUUUUUAUUUCUAUUGUAGAAAUAAGAAUGUUAUCCUACCAGUUAAGUUUACUGUACAUUUGAGAGUAUCUGAAUUAUCCUUUUCAAACACAAUGUGUAGAAAAAAAGCUCAGUUAGUGUUGCCGUUUAAAACAGAUCUGUGAAACCCAGAUCCAACAUACUGUAAUUUAGAGCCAUGUAGUAACUUCUGUUUUUAUAUCUCUUCCUCAUCCACUCUUUAGGUGUUGGCAGCACACAUUCCUAAUAUCAAAUGAAGUGAGAUAUCGGUGUUUUAUUUGGAGGUUUGAAAAGAAGAGACCUUUUUUAAGCUUAAAAAUGUGGGAUUUAAAAGUUUGAACUGAUACUAAUAUAAUUAAUAUUUUAUGAAACACAGAUUUUAAGGGUGUUGUCCUGUGUGUCCUGGGUAUAGGUUACCAUAUUUUUGCCAUUGCGGUUCUGCAUUAGAAACUGAAUUGUUCUCCACAUUUGUCUUUUUAUAUAAUCCAUUAAAGAAAAAAAAACUGCCCCGUGAAAAGAUUAGGUCUGCAGGUGACGGGUCGAGGACUCAACAGAGGAUAAAACACUAUGUUUAGUAUUCAUUCAAAAUACAGUCAAACUGUCUUCUGAUAUAUGUGUGUGUGUUUAACAAGCAUAUACAUACAUCACUUUUAUUGCUUCACAGCUGUAAUUCAGUACCAAACUCAGAAAUGUGUGUUGUGAAUAAGAAACAGGAGGAUAAAUAGCUCAUACAUACCCUGCAUGCAUGUAUUCCUUGUGUUGUUAAGCUUUUUUUCCAAGUCAUUAAUAAAAUGGCUAUAUUUGUA